GUUCGCAAGGCGGCGGCGGACGCGCUCUACGUGCACUUCCUGACCUACGGCGACCCGCUCGAGGGCGGCGAGGCUGCCGAGGGACGGGGCGGCGAGGGCGGCGGCGUCGGCGGCGGCGGCGGCGGCGGCGGGGGCGGGGGCGGUGGGGUCGGGGGCGACGGCGCCGGGAACGGCGGGGGCGAGGCGAGGCUGGUCGAGGUUGAGCGUCUGCUGACGGAGACGGCGUGGCUCGCCGACCUCGAGGCGGCGGUGAGGCCGGCGCAGGCGCGGCUUCUGCUGCUCUUCGGCCUCGACCCGCCACGGGCCGGCGAGCGGCAGCCGGGGGAGAGGGCGGCGCGGGCGGCGCCGGAGCCCGAGGAGGAGGACUCGUAUGCGGCGCUGGUCAAGGAGCUGGGCUACUGAGGGCGAGGCGGGUGCGGGGCGGUCGGGGCGGCGCGGGCAGCAGGAGCGGCAGUGGGACAAGCUCCCUCCCCCUGAUGCGCCGUAAAUUCAUAUGAAAUUGGUUUCGGCGUCCC